GCAUCCUUCCAUCAUGGGCGUCACUGUCGAAAGCAUCUCCCCCGGCGACGGCACUACCUUCCCUCAACGAGGCGAUAAGGUCACAAUACACUACGUGGGCACCCUCAUUGACGGGAAGAAGUUUGAUUCGAGUAGAGAUCGCGGCUCUCCCUUUGAGACUGAGAUUGGCGUAGGAAAAGUUAUCAAAGGCUGGGACGAGGGUGUACCACGACUGUCCUUGGGCGAAAAAGCUAUUCUCACAGCGACGCCUGAUUAUGCAUAUGGCGCGCGAGGAUUCCCACCAGUGAUACCGCCCAAUUCAACGCUCAAGUUUGAGGUGGAGCUACUCAAGAUCAACUAAUAGGUGGUUGGUUUGGGUGUCCCCCUCCCAUCGCGGGAGGGCGUUGUAUUUUCAGGUUAUGGACUCGACUUGGGCGCAUGUUCUCUUGUGACAUUACAUCUCUGUUUCUUUAUCGAU